AUGGGGGACUUGGGCUGGGCAGCAGCUUGUUUGCUGGUGCCUGCCCAGUCUGAAGAGGUUCCAGCAAACAUCCCCACGUUGGAUUGCUGCCCUUCGGGCUGGCUGCUGUAUAGGGGCAAGUGCCUCUUCAUCUCCUCGGAGAAGAAGACAUGGGAAGACAGCAGAGAUGAGUGUGAGAAGACAUAUUCUCAGCUCCUGGUCACCAAAUCCUGGAGUCGUUGGACUGUGCCGACCUUCCUGAAGAAUGCAGAUGUCCCAUACUGGAUUGGAUUGCAGAAGGGCAGUUUUCCCUGGUACGACUAUGGCUGGCUGGAGGAAGAGGACCCAGAGAGUGAGGGAGGUGCAGAGGCCUGGUUCUGGGUGGAUGGCUCCCUUUAUGAAAGGCCGUGGCAGUCAAAAUCGAAUGGAACCUGUGCCAUAAUAAGCCAUGGGAGCAUCAAACCCGCCCAGUGCACUGGUCCCAGUGACCUGCACCUCUGGAUCUGUGAGAAGGCAGCAGGGCCAAGCCGCUUCCCUUUCAUGUGAUGAUGGCUGCUGCCCCCAGCACUGCUGUGAACCUGCAUCCUGCACCGCCUCUGCUCCAGCCUUGCUGUGUCCCUACCCAGGAUGUCCCAUCCAUUCCAGCCAACCCCUUCCCUCCCACAGCCCACUGCCCCUGGGCCACCCAGGGCCUUCCCUCUGAUGCCCAGCGGCACGGAUGCCUCCAGCUGGUGUGCUUUGGCUGAGUGGUAGAGGCCACUCACUCCACAGCCGACCCCACACCUGCAUGGGACACUUUGGAUCUUCCCGAGCACAACAGCUGUGGGGCAGUGGGGAGCUCAGAACCGGCUGCAGAACGGAUCAAACACUGGCACUCAGCGCUGGAGCCAUGGCACAUCCCCAGCAUGGAGAGAGCUGCGGUGCUGUGGCAUGUCAGGAGUGGGAGCCGGGGACAGCACAGCCCCACCCCCACAGAGUCCCCUCCCCACAGCAGGAGUUUUCUGCCUGACCCCACUGCAGCAGCAGCUUGGCCAUGGCUUUCAGGCAACCCAGCACUAAACGGCCUCGGCAAAGCUUCAGCACCUAAGGAGGGAAGCUGAGCCCGAACUGGCCAGUGCCUGUGCUGACAUUUGGGGAUUUAUUUUUGUGCUAAUUAGAAAGUAGAGCAACGACCUUUAGGGUCCCAUGGUGUGAUUGUGCCUUUCAAAAGCAAAAGUUAACUCAAGCACUUGUAGCAGGCUGACGCUUUGCAAGACAACUCAUCAGGACUUAAAAUAGCUGCUACACACGUGCACAUGUGAAGAUUAAGCAAAGCAGCCCUGAUGUAACAUGCAGCCAGGUGAGAGCAGAGGAAGUGAUGUUCAACCAGGCGAAAAUGCUCUCGGUUUAUGAAAAGGUUGUGUGUGCCAUAUAUAGUUGAUGAACUGCUGUGUGAGUAAGCUUGCAUGAAGAGCAAAAGGGUGUUAAAGGCAGGUUUUUUAGAGGGGGCACGUGUCACUCGUCUGUCUUGUCUGCUGGCUAAACUCACUUUAUAGCAAUAAAGAGUCCCAGUUUGUCUGCUCUU